AUGGCAAAUGCAGACUCUAAAGAUAAAGCGAAAAUUUGUAAAGUUGAUCCAGCGGCUGAAGUGGGAGUUUGCGUAACAAGUCAAAGUGAUGUUCAGCAGACGCCAUUCUGCUCGCCUCGUAAAAGUGAAGCCGGCAACAAAUCCCAAAAAAUACCAAAUGUAAACAAUUGUCCCCAAAAGGAAAUGUCCGCCUAUUCAAUUGAAAACUCGUUUCAAAAACAUCAAAAUGAUUUGAGUGUGACUAAUAGUAGAAGUGGAUCAAAAACAAAUUCAAAUCGUUUUGCAGCGGCGGAAGCAGCUUCUAAUAGUUGUGUGGUUCGGUCGAAAUCACUAGCAAUAGUAAAUAAUUUUGAACCUGGUCCAGAAGGAAAACUCUUAAAAAAGUCAGAUGAAAGUUUUUGUCUCAGUCUUUUGAAGGAGCUUUCAGGUACAAGCAGACAACAGAAACACUAUGCAUCUUCAAUAUAUGUUUCUGGCAAAGAGUCACAAUCCACAAUAACAGAUUGUAACUUUUCAACACAACAGCAUGCUGCUGUCCAAUCUACUGUUGAGCUAAACACACAAUCUCAACAGACAGACAAUAUUGAUGUAGCUUCAUUUGGUGCAGUUCCCGUACAAGUAAACAUAGAUUUUGGUCAUAAAGAUUUCAACUUGAAUGAUACCAGUACUAUAGCCAACCAAAUUCUGAUAGCCAGCAAAACAAGCAAUGAUUUAAUUCAGAAUAACAAACUAAUUGAUAACGUUUCACAAACAGACCCUGUUACAAUUAUAAUCGGUGAUGCAUGCCUUUUGGUAGAGAACUUGAGAAGUUCUAUAAUGAAUUCAUCAAAAGUGAAAUCAUCGGCUAAUGAAAUUGAAAUAGAGUUGAACGAUGAUACAUUUAAAAAACAUGGAAAUGAAAUUGAAAUGGAAUUGAGUGCACGCACAAAUAAAAAAGGACCACUGGAACAUAACAGGCAGAAUUUAAUUAAGUCAAUCAAAGUUCAAUCCGACAAUGUUCAGAUGCCUAUAAGAAAAGGAGGGGUGAGAAUGAGAUUGCCAGUUGGCAUGCUUAGUCCAUCAAAUAAACCACCAACUCCUUGUAUCCCAUUUCAAUCAUUCAUUGUUGCUUCAACCCCUCCAGGACAACACAUACAUAAGUUGAUGCCAAAAUGGAUGCCUAAGAAACUAAAAGGUGUAAAAUUGAAGAUGCCAUUGUCAAUAUUGAAAUCAAACAAACUUCCAGCUCCUUGCAUCCCAGACCAUUCUCUCAAUGUUCCUCCAACACCAGUACAGCAAACCAAACAUAAGCGACAGGUCAAGAUGGCAAAUGUGGUUUUCAGCUGUCCAUUCUGUUCAUUGAACUUCAUCGAGUCACCAGCUUUGUAUGAACAUCUGAACCAGGCACACGAGUCAGACCUGCAAAAUAAGUGGAAGAAGUCGCAAAGUAGGGAGGGCAAGACGAUCAUUCCAAAGCAUCUGCAAACACCAAAGAAUUCAAACAAAAGAAGUCAGCUGUUAGCUUAUCAUAUUCCUGAUUGGAAAUUGUGA